CCAGAAAUUCCAUGUCCCUGUAGUGCGUCCAAAUUUCAAAGUUCUCUUCAAGAAGCAUCUCAGGCAUCGGCUCAACGUACAGACGAGAUUUACCGAACAUGUAAUCUCCCUACACGCUUCAUGUAUCCAAAGCUACGAAACCCUGAUAUACCUACAGUCCCUUCGCUGUGACUCUACAUAGAAAUUGAACACGAAAAAUGUUCUUAUUUUCACGAAUCAUUCGCAAUGACAAUAAAUGCAAUUAUCAAGGCUACGAAGCCGAGUAUUUAUAAUUCUUCCAAAUACAUCCUUCCGAUUGAAAUCGCAUGCAAUUUUGUUCCGUGUUACAUCGAACACAGCAUAGGCAUUAUGUUUUCACACGGCGGAGGCUGUGCCUAUCUCCUGAAGCAUAUGUUGUAGAAGACGUCAGUUGACUAUAUGUGGAGUGUACUGGAUGCACGCGAGUUCAGUGCAUCCACGCUGUGUCUAGCAGUGCGCAUCAUGUCGGCACUACUAUCACUCUACUUCCUACUGUUGUAUAUUGGCAAAAGUAUUUCCGCGGAGGAGGCCGAUUGUCGCGUGUACAACAACCUUUACGUGUGUCUCGAGGGCGAGACGCUCCAAAGCGUCGCCUUCGAGGACGUGCACGCCGUCCAGACGAUCGAGGACAUCGAGUUGCAUCUUGAGAAUCUUGGCAUCACUCACAUAAAGGAGAAUGCAUUUAACGACGUGAGAAAUGCCUCGGCACUCUAUUUAAGGGACAACAGGAUGUCUAAGAUAUUCCGUCAUUAUUUUCAUACUCUCGAUCAGCUGACAUAUUUGGAUCUAAAUAACAACAGCAUAAGUGAUAUCGAGGAUGGAUCCUUCGUACGUCUUGUCAGUCUGGAAACAUUGUUGCUGGACAACAACAUGCUCUCGAAAUUUCGACUUGGUACCUGGAAGGGUUUGACGUAUCUUCACGAACUCUACGCGACGAAUAACACUCUUGCUUUGAAGAAAAAUAUGUUCAAGGGACUCAGUCAUCUGGAGACCCUAGCACUCGACUCCAAUGGUAUUUCGGAAAUACCGUUGGGCACUUUUAAUGGAAUUCCUCAUAUUGAUUUACUCUACUUGUCGAGGAACUUGAUAUCACGUUUGAAUCCGGACGUUUUUCGCGGGCUUCGCGAAGUCAACGAACUGGAUCUUGGAAGGAAUUGCAUUGUCAGCGUGUCCAGUGGUGUAUUUCGUCACAUGAAGACACUCGAAUCACUAUGGCUCAAUGGGAACUUCAUCGCUACGUUGGAAGAUGACGUCUUCGAGGGAUUAGAGGGUCUCUCGAGUCUAUUUUUAAAUAGCAAUGAUUUUACUUCCGUUAAGAUGUCAGCCUUUGCUAACAUGAGAAACGUCACUAUCGAACCUGGAUUUAAGAUCGAUGGCUCACCAGUCAUUCAUUUUGGAAAGAUACAUGGACUGUAUCGUUGCACGAGUUCCGGGUAUCAAGAACCGUACGAGUGCGAAAAAGUCACUAAAUAAUUUUUAUGCGUCGCGAAUCGGUAGAGAUACAUACAAAUUAUUAAUUAUUGUUACACGCGUGACUCCGGUUUACCUUAUAGAUAUGUGAUUCAUAAAUAUUUUUUUUUCACUCUUUUAGACUGGAUUUUCAAAUCAACAAAAGCAUACAUACGUAAUAAAGAAAUU